CUACAAGCAAUAACAGAAAAACAAAACUGUCAAACAACCGCGCGCUGGUCUGAAGCCGAACACUUCAAGACGUUCAAGCCACAUAACUACGAAAUCGGUCUUAUUUUUUUAGAAAAACCGGACAUAAACCCUUAUUCAGUUUCCAAGCGCUUCGAAAAGCGUUUUCGGAUGGCAACCGUCAUGGAACCGGACUCAUCCCGAGAGUUAGAAUGUCGCAAAAUCUGCGUAGAACGUUUCAUCUUCGCCAUCCUGUACAGCGUCAUAGCUCAGUACAUCCUACUGACUGUGUUUCUAUUGUUGGUCAACUUUAGUUUGUUUCAUCCAAUCGGUUGGAUAUUGGGAUCGUUCCGGCUGCUCUGCUCGCUUUCCUCUUGGCUGUGGAUUAUGCCAUUAAUUAGUGCUGUCAUUAUUCACGGAAUAUUCCUCGCAAAGUCUUACCUGUCGGGAGUCACGUACUGUCCAACAAGAUUCCAGCAGAUCUAUCGAUCCGUCAUACAAAAAUGGGUUCUGUUAACGGUGAAUAGUGUGAUUGGGCUUCUAACCUCCUGGUUGUACACUCGUUUCCUACGAGAUGAUUACCGAAAUCUUUUUCUAUCAAUAGAGAACGGGAAGCACAUUCUGAAUGAAAAAUAUUUGUUCCUGCUGCUCGGAGGAAUAUUCGCAGGAGUGUACUUCUUCAUCAAGAAUAAAACCGAGCAAGCUAGCUUGAAUUUUCCGGUGAUACAGUUAACACGCUACCAACAAAUUCGUGCCCAGCUUUACUACAUCAUCUAUCGAUCACUUUUCAAAUCGUUCGUCCCAACGUUAAUCUACGCAAGCUUUUUCUAUACAUUCAACUGCGUCUAUUUCCGAUACAAAUUUGUUGCCCUCUUUAAUGGUGUGUCACUGGCAGAAGAAUCAUCGCUGGCAUCGUUUUACGCAAUCCUGUCGGAUUUCCGUCUCCUUAUGUACUGUUGGAUUUUGUCGUCCCAAAUCCUUAGCAACAUGGACCUAAUGCAGGCGCUAUUUCACAUCUUUCUUACGGAGUAUAGAGAGUUUCCACUGGAGAAAUCCUCAUUGGCGACUGAUUGCGAAGUAACCCUGGUAGAAGCGCUGACGAAUAAACAGAUUCUCAUCAUCCAACAGCUGGCAGCAUCAAAUCUGUUCAAUAUUGCUGAGGACUGUGAUCGUACUCGACGAACCAGGCUCUACGCCCUGUCGAUUCCCGGUGGGCACCCGUACAAUUGGCGAACAGUUUCUGGUGAGUGCAUUCGUAUCAUUCGCGAUUUUUCCAUCGAAUUGUCGAAAUCUAUCGAAGGUGUAGUACCUAAGUCCCGACCGGAAGUAAGCAAACUUCGCCCAACUGCGUCGAUAGACGCAGAAAAGAUCAUGAUGAAACAGUACAACGAAAGUUAUGGCAUUCGCAGUUUGUCCACAUCCGUUGGAGCGACUGUUUCCUCACCAAAACCACAGACAAGUGACAUCUGCCAAGCAUUCGACCGGCGACUCGAUGUUGUGCGUAGUCUGCUUGUUAGCAUUCCCGGAAUAUACUACCUCUUUGGGGAACCGAAAACCGCCAAACCAUGUUAUCUGUUGGCAAGCCAGUCGCAGCAAAUCGUAUGGAUCUGUCAGGCUCUAGCAUCACUGGCAGCGCACUCCAUCGCCGAAGAUCAGUUCGGAGUGGUCCAAGAUGAUUUACCGCUGAUAAUCAGAACACUUCUACAACUGAAGCAAGUCGUUGACAAAGUGGGCUCCAUACAGUUGGAUGUGAAAAAAGUUGAUCGGAACUACGUGGCACUGAAGGCAGCUGUCCGAAGAAGCUUGUACCGGAUCACGCACAGCUUCGCAGACUAUCUGGUGGAUAUAGUGCUGGAACCGAGUGAUAUGAAGGCGCUCCAAGGGUUCGUCAACUACCGGGAGGUGUAGGAUUAUUAAUUAAUUUUUUCAAGUUAUAUUUAAAGCUCUGUUUUCGUCGACCGGCAAACAUUCAUUGACAUUUUAAUUAUAGUUUGGUCUUUCUUAAA